AGCUGAGAGGUACAUGCAGACAUAUAAGAAGUCCCACCACAAGUGCAUAUAAGCAGUAUUGAUCUGGCCAAGAGCUAAUGCAGAUGGAGUCCGUGCGUAUAGUAAUCGUUGGAGCCGGCGUUGCUGGGAUUUCAGCAGCUAGGGAGCUGAAGAAACGGGGAUUUAGAGACGUGAAGAUCCUUGAAGCCAGCAACAGAGUUGGGGGCAGGGUCCUUACUAAGCAGUACGGCCCACACAUUGUAGAGUUGGGAGCCCAGUGGAUUCAUGGCCAAGGUGAAAAUCCCAUUUACAAAUUAGCGAAAGCAAACAAUUUGGUUAAUGAUACUGGAGAUGACAGUAGCAGCGAGGAAAGUGACAAUGAAGCACAAUACUUCACACAGUUUGGUGAACAAAUAGAAGGAAAAAUAGCACGGGACGUGACCACAGUCAUGAAUAAAUUAUAUAUAGAAGGGGACAGGUUUUACAGGGAAGGCCUACCUGUUGACGAAGGGAUGCUAUCUGUUGGCAGUUUUUUCAGGAGACGCUUCUUGGAUUAUUUAGCAGCGUGCGACGACCAGCCAGACAGGGUGUCUUUAAAGAAAGGCGUGUUUGAUUCGUAUGUUCGGUUCAACAUGGUCGAUAAUGGCUGCGACACAAUGGACGAGGUCUGCAUUAAACAUUGGGGAUGCUAUCUGGAGUAUGAAGGAAGCCAGCGUGACGUAGAGCUAAAGCACGGAUAUCAACCUGUCUUGGAUCUCCUUGUGGAAGAUGUCCAAUCUGACUGGAUACAUUUCGACAAGCCAGUUAAAUCGAUCCAAUACAAUCAGGACGACCCCGUUUCUUUGAAACAGCAAGAUUUGUCAUCACCUGUCAAUGCAGCAUCCUGUGCCAAAACGUCCCCAGUCAAAGUAGUCUGUGAAGAUGGAGAUGAAUUCAACGCUGAUCAUGUCAUUGUAACCUCUUCUUUGGGGUUUCUUAAAGAAAAUUCGGAGUCGUUUUUUCAGCCACCACUUCCAGGUGUGAAGACGAAUGCUUUGAAACGGCUGAAGUUCGGCACGGUCAACAAGGUGUAUCUUGAGUUUGAAAAACCAUUUUGGGACGAGAAUUAUGACAUCAUUUUGUGCUGGCUCGAGAACCAACCUUUCACACUCUCCUGUAUAGAUUCGGAGAGCAUAUCUGCUAAGUGUCCUUGGUACAAAGACAUUUUAAGCUUUGACGUGUUAGAUAAGUUGCCCAAUGUUUUGGAAAUGUGGAUUUCUGGGAAAAGCGCAGUUACCAUGGAGACGGUGCCAGACGCGGAGCUUCAAGCGGUGGUGAUAGAAAUACUAAGACGGUUCACUAACAAUGCUAACAUUCCAAAUCCUGUUAAGAUGACAAGAACUUACUGGUCCGGUACCCCAUACAUCCUUGGAUCCUACUCCUACUUGCCAGUGGGUGCGUCUGAAAAGGAUAUUUGUGAUUUAGCCGAUCCAGUCCCUUGCCAAAAGAAUCCACUGGUGCUGUUUGCCGGAGAAGCAACAAGCCCCCAUCACUUUUCAACAGUCCACGGUGCAUUCUCCUCAGGUGUUCGAGAGGCGAUGAGACUUAGCAUCUUGUAUGGCGGGAAGGUCUGAUAGUUGCCGGAAACGGGCUCGAUGUAAUUUAUUGAAUGUCCUGAAGAAAGUAUGAACUAUGAAAGACAGAACUACUAUUCCCUUUUUCUU